AUGUAUUCAUCAUCUCGUUCUGGUAAUGAGUAUCAGUAUAAUAAUGAUUUUCAUCAAAACCCACUUCCUCAUAUUGCAUUUGAACAUUUGAUAAAAUCUGGUACUUCGCUUCCUUCAAUACUCAUGCUAAUGGUUGGAAUAGACGGAUUACCCAUCACAAAAAAUCCUCCUAGUCAAUUAUGGCCUAAUUUAGGGUAUUUUUCAAAUAUCUCUGACUCUAGUGUUUUCAUUAUUAGUUCAUAUUAUGGUAAACCAAAACCAGAAGACAGUUAUAAAUAUUUAAGUGAUUUUGUAAAUGAAAUUUGUGUGCUAAUUAAUGAUGGUGUGAUGUAUAAUAAUAUCCAUGUAAAACUUCAUCUAAAAGCUCUUAUAAAUUAUGCCCCACCAAAAUCGUUUGCAUUAAAUUUUAAGGGACACACUGGAAAAAAAUCAUGUAUUCGUUGUCAUACUAUUGGUUCUUUUUGGAAUAAUCGUAUUUAUUUUCCUCAAAUUAAUGCACCACUUAGAACUCAUGAUGAAUUCAGAUUAUAUUCUGAUUCAGAUUUUCAUUGUGGGAAAACAAUUUUGUUAGAUAUACCUAAAUUUGAUGUAAUUUCUUCUGUGCCAUUUGAUUACAUGCAUUGUAUUCUCAUUGGUGUCACCAAAAAAUUAUUAAUGUUCUGGACUGGUGGAAUAAAACAACACAAUCAAAAUCUUCCGAAAAAUUGA